AUCAAGAUUUGCUUCCUGCUUGGAUUGCACUCUAUUACACCAUUCCAGCCCUUGAAUAUGCUGAGAUCGAAUAUGGAACGGGGUUAGGGCCAGUCACUGAGUGCCGUCGGGAAGUGAGUCCGAUUACCUAAGCACACCGCAAAGCUUCGCAAGGUCCCAUCGCAAGCCUCGGACGGUGAACUGCAAGUCCAGCCAUUGGCCCUCCUCGAACUACGACCUCAAAGCUAUCUCCUUCCUCAGCAUAUAGCUACUACUCCGAUACCACCAUCAUGUCUACGGAAAUGGAAGUCGACCCUCCGGUGGUGCAACAAGAGGAAGAGGAAGAAGCUCCCGCGCAGUCCAGCAACGGUAGCCACGAUCCGAGAACACAGGCGGGAGCCGUCGCAGUACGCAGCAUCGAGGGAUGGAUUGUCAUCGUGACCAACAUCCAUGAAGAGGCCUCCGAAGAGGACGUCACGGACUUGUUCGCCGAAUAUGGAGAGAUCAAGAAUUUCAGCCUGAACCUGGACCGCCGGACGGGUUACGUCAAGGUCAGUUGCUGCUAUCUUCACUUCUACCAUACACGGCAUCACCGGGGCUGGAAAGCUCUGCUAGCUAUUCCCCAUAAACUCCUCUCGUUGCGUCUCAUGGUAUGCCAGAUACUGACUCGUCUGUGGUCAAACAGGGAUAUGCCUUGAUCGAGUACUCCACCCUCCCCGAAGCCUCGGAUGCCAUCAAAGCCUUGAACGGCUCCAAACUACUGGACCAAACCAUCUGCGUCGAUUUCGCAUUCGUUAGACCGCCU